AUGCCUGACGAAACUUAUGAAAAUGAGCCAAUAAUCGAAAUCCAUAAUGAAAAUGAACCAGCUAUGGAAGAACAUGAUGAAGAUGAACCUAUGGAUGAGGUUCAAAACAGACAUAACGAUUAUGAGGAAACUCAAGAGCUAAGGAUUAAUGAAGCCUUAGAGGAUGACGAUAAAAUACAAAUAAUAAAGGAAAUAAAUCCAAAAAUAAUCGAUCAAGUCGCAAAAGAUAUGGUUGACAAAUGGAAUAUAGAUGACACGGUAGAUGAAAUAAGUCAUCAUAUAGAAGAGCCUCCACACAAAGAAGUAAGAGAGGAUCAAUAUAGAAAUUUAUUAGAUGACAUGGAAGUGUCAUCAAUUUCAACUUUCCGAGAAGACGGAGAGAUAAGUGAUGAUGAAGAUGAUAUACCAGAAUUGUUCAGUACAAAAGAUGAACACCCGUUAACCCGAAAGGAUCAAA